AUGUCCUACGUCGCUAAGAACACUACCGAAAAGCCUGGCCUUGAAGAACAAGAACAACCCAAGAUCCAUCGCAUCCGUAUUACCCUGUCUUCUCGCAAUGUUAAGAAUUUGGAAAAGGUUGCCUCUGAUCUUGUUCAACGUGCCAAAGAUAAGCAGCUCAAGGUAAAGGGCCCCGUUCGCCUUCCCACCAAGGUUCUUCGCAUCACCACUCGCAAGUCUCCUUGUGGUAACGGUUCCGAAACCUUUGACAAGUUUGAGAUGAAGAUUCACAAGCGCUUGAUUGACUUGCAUUCUCCUUCUGAAAUUGUCAAGCAAAUCACUUCCAUCUCCAUUGAACCCGGAGUUGAAGUUGAAGUUACCAUUGCUUAA